UCCAUGACUGACACUCUUGGGACAUGAAGUGGAUACUGUUCUUUGGGGCCCUGAUCGGGCUCAGCAUCUGUGGCCGAAAAAGGUUUUUUGGGGACCAAGUUUUUAGGAUUAACGUCAGAAAUGGAGACGAGAUCAGCAAACUAGGUCAGCUAGUGAAUUCAGACAACCUUAAGCUCAACGUCUGGAAAUCUCCCUCCACCUUUAGUCGUCCCAUGGACGUCCUGGUCCCAUCUGUCAGUCUGCAGCCAGUGAAAUCCUUCUUGAAGUCCCAGGGCUUAGAGUACUCCGUGACAAUUGAAGACCUGCAGGCCCUUUUAGAUAAUGAAGAUGAAGAAAUGCAACGCAAUGAAGGACAAGAGCGGAGCAGUAAUAACUUCAACUAUGGGGCCUACCAUUCCCUGGAAGCUAUUUACCGUGAGAUGGACAGCAUUGCCAGAGAUUUUCCUGAGUUGGCGAGCAGGGUGAAGAUUGGGCAUUCAUUUGAAAACCGGCCCAUGUAUGUACUAAAGUUCAGCACCGCAGAAGGCAGGCGGCGGCGGCCGGCCAUUUGGCUGAACGCAGGCAUCCACUCCCGGGAGUGGAUCUCGCAGGCCACGGCGAUCUGGACCGCGAGGAAGAUUGUAUCUGAUUACGGGAAGGAUCCAGCCAUCACCUCCAUUUUGGAGAAAAUGGAUAUUUUCUUGUUGCCUGUGGCCAAUCCUGACGGAUAUGUGUACACACAAACUCAAAACCGACUAUGGAGGAAGACACGGUCCCACAAUCCUGGAAGCCCUUGUGUUGGUGCUGAUCCAAAUAGAAAUUGGAAUGCUAGUUUUGCAGGAGAGGGAGCCAGUGACAACCCUUGCUCUGAAGUAUACCACGGACCCCACGCCAACUCGGAAGUGGAGGUGAAGUCGGUGGUAGAUUUCAUCCAAGAACACGGGAAUUUCAAAUGCUUCAUCGACUUGCACAGCUACUCACAGCUGCUUAUGUAUCCGUAUGGGUACACGGUGAAGAAGGCCGCAGAUGCUGAUGAACUGGACAAGGUGGCGAGGUGUGCGGCCAAAGCUCUGGCUUCCCUGUCGGGCACUACAUACCAAGUGGGUCCUACCUGCACCACUGUUUAUCCAGCUAGCGGGAGCAGCAUUGACUGGGCGUAUGAUAAUGGCAUCAAGUAUGCAUUCACGUUUGAGUUGAGAGAUACUGGGCACUAUGGCUUCCUCCUGCCAGCCAACCAGAUCAUCCCCACUGCAGAGGAGACCUGGUUGGGCCUGAAGACCAUCAUGGAGCAUGUGCAGGACAACCUCUACUAGAUGAGGAGCCCCACUCAGUCUCCAGUUAUUUCUCCCCGUGUAUGCGUGCUCGCUAAAGCCACAAUUAAAGGGAGCUUGUUCUUCCAUGUGGGACUCAGAA